AUGGCUCGGCGCCGCCGCGCACACGCGCAGGACAACACCCCCACCCCCAAGGUCACGAUCCCGCACUCGGCCUUCCCAUACCUCAUCGACCUCAUCUUCGACGCCGCCGACCGCAGCACCCUCCUCGCGUUCCGCGCAACGAGCCGUGACUUCCAGGAUCGCGCAGACGCCGUACUCCUCCGCCAUAUCUCCAUCAAGGGCCCGCAAGAGAUCCCCACUAUCGGCCGCGACCGGCGCCGACACGAGUUCUAUGACGGCAACGGCCUGAAGGCACCCAUCCGCCCCCUCGAGGCUACCGUCUCAAGAGGCGACUUCACGUCGUUCGGCGACAGAAUCGAACGCUGGUGCAGGAGGGAGACGGGCCUGAAGCAUGUGCAGAUUGUCGAUAUCCCCCACACAUUCCAUUUCUUGUACGCCUUUGAUCUCCCCGCACUCAAGUAUGUGCGGGUGCAUCACACCGACAACCAUCUCGACGACGACAAGGAGAAGGCCUUCGAAAUCAGCUUUCUCCCCCUGACGACGCAGACUCUGGUUACGUUUGGGCGAUAUCUCCCGCGCAACGCGCCAAAUACGCGCAGCAACGCGAUCACCUUCCCAUACGUCGAACCGGUACCGCCCCAGACUGUGGUGGUGAACCUCCUUGCAGGCAGCAUGUCGGACCCGACAUCCCUAAAUGUCAACUUCUACUCGGCAGCCUGGAAGGACGUGACCAACCUUGUCUUCAUCUUGUCGCCUGACUUCUUCCGCAUGACGACGUGCACCGCGUACAGGAUCAUGAUGCCAUGGCUCAUGUUGUCAAACCAGCUCCGUCGCCUCCUCACAAUCGUCCGCUCCACGCCCGGCUCAUGUCACUCGGUCACACUUGUGGGGGCGGCUGAGGCCCUGUUCAACACUGUUCAGGAUCAUGAGUCUUUGCCGGGUGAACACCCGGUAACGUCGCUACACGUCGGGAACCUCCUAGACUCGAACUUUUGGGAGGCGGAGGAUGAACGGGACGAUGUCGAACUCUACAUAAGCAGCUUACUCGGUGUGGAGCGGAUCAUUGAGGUGAUCAAAGAGUACAACGUCAAGGUGCUGUCACUUGAAGAGUACAAGGCCACUCGCACAGCCGACGAGUUUGAAUUCGAAACGGAGCUGCCCUCCUCGGCAGAUGUCGCCUGA